AGCAAUUCUUCCAUGCGGGAGAGAGAGAGAGAGAGAGAAAAAAAUACAACCCUCCUUCGGCCACGUGAGCGUGCACGCGGUGCUCGCGCACGCGGGCUCGGGUCGCGCGCGCCCCAACCAGCUGAAAGUGUCCUCGCGCUCCGCCGUCACCUCAACUGGCAGCUGAUUAUUUGAUUUGAUUUUUUUACCCCCUCUCAGCACAUCAUUUGAAAUCUCGUGAGCGCAAGUCCAACCGUAUUUCGAAUCCACUAGCAGGAUGUGCGGCACCGACGUCGACCUGGACGGGGGAGGCUCGGUCGAGGAGGAAGACCUGUGGAUGGGCGAGCGGGUGAAGAUGCUGCCCCCUCCCGUGGCCCACAGCGGGGGGUCCGCGUGGGGCGGCCGGAGGAGCGGGUGGGGCUGCGUGGCGUGCGGGGCGGCUCUGGUCCUUUGGAACGUGGCCGUGAUCCUGGCUGGUGCUUUCCUCCUGACGCUGGUCUUCUCCGUGGUGCUGCUGCCCGCAGUGGCGCUGCUCUACGUUGGAUUCUUGUGCCAUUCCAGGAUCCUGCACAGCUCGUCGGCCGUCUGCAAUUACCUUGACGACAACAGCUGCUCGGCCCUCAUCAUCCUGGGCUUUGUGAUGAUGUCGCCGCUGGUGGUGGCGGCGGCGGCGGUCUUCUGCGGCCUGCUGCGAAGGUUCCGGCUCCUGCUUCUCGUUCAGCCGGUCGGCCGCGCGCGGUACAGGGGGAGCCUGAUGGAUUGGGUGGGAAGCGUCCACGCUUGGGUCUGAUUGCCGCCGUAAGGUCGUGACCAAAAAAAAAAAAAAAAAAAAACAGCCUGAAGUGUUGAAUCUAAAGUAGCCUUUUCUAACCUCAUAUAUUGCCUCGAGGUGUGUUUCCACGCCUUUACUGAGCGAAGGCACUUAUUUUACC